GCCCAAAUCCAAAACUAAAACUGUGAAGCCCAAAUCCAAAUUAUAAACUCUCUCUCUCUCUCCUCUCGAAAUCUCUGUCACCGGCUUUCCCCUAAACCCUUCACCCUUGAAGUGUCGUCCAAAACCCCACCAAACGACGCAUUCUGAGGGGAGGCGAUCGAGAUAAUUUGAUUUGCCGGAAACAAGUGUUAGGAAUAUUGUUGUACGUUUUAUCUUGUUGGCUUGCCGGAAUUGAUCUAUGGGCACUCCGGAAACAUCUAGAGAGCCUUGCCCGGAUCGUAUCCUUGAUGACGUAGGUGGAGCUUUUGGGAUGGGGGCUGUUGGUGGUGCAGCCUUCCAUUUCUUGAAAGGUACCUAUAACUCUCCCAAAGGUGAGCGUCUGAUCGGGGGUUCUCAAGCAGUUCGCAUGAAUGCCCCUCGUGUUGGUGGGAGUUUUGCAGUGUGGGGUGGGCUCUUUUCCACCUUUGACUGUACCAUGGUGUACCUGCGGCAGAAAGAGGAUCCAUGGAACUCGAUCAUAGCAGGUGCAGCAACGGGAGGCUUUCUGCAGAUGCGUCAGGGAAUGGGUGCUGCUUCUCGGUCAGCAUUGUUUGGUGGCGUUUUACUUGCUUUGAUUGAGGGAGCUGGGAUAAUGUUGAACAAAGUGAUGAGUGCACCACAAAACUUACCUCCCAUGGAGGAUCCCGUUCCAAACGUGACUGGUAUGCCUGGAUAUCCCGGUCAAAUGCCUGGUCAGCCUCCAGUUAGUGUUGACAGCAUGGGUGCAGGAUCUUCUUCUUCCUCAUCGCCGACGCCAUCUUCUUCGUCAUGGUUUGGAGGCCUAUUUGGUCAGAAGGAAGAGGCAGCGCCGGGUGAUGGAAGUAAGACGAAGGUGUUGGAGAGCUUUGAUGCGCCAACUCCUCCAACGUUCGAGUACAAAUGAUGAAGGGAAUAUUUGGUAAGUGAGGAUUAUCCGCUGAUGGUAGUCGGGUUUCAGCAUUGUGAUCCACGCACGGUCGGAGAUUGAUGAUAAGAGCACUUGAAACUUGUAAUAAAAGCAGCUUCAUCUGUCUUUUUGGUUUUUUUUUGAUAAAUCUUGAUACGUCUCUGUCUGUAUUUUGAAUCUAAAAUGUGCUUGCUAGCUCAGGAACUCGACACUUUAAUAUAUCUAACAUAAUAUAUUUCAAUUA